UUAGAUAUAAUGACACGGGGUCGCUUGUUUCCCAGUCAUGGUGCGAUGCUGUUCACUGUCCCUGCCUUGGGUAGAAGGACUCUUGAUCUCGUUCUACCUGACCGGCCCAGAUCAAGAAUGAUUUUCACCGACCAUGGCUACUCCCGGGGAUUGCGAGAUUAGAUCCUGUCUGCAAUCCGACCUGUCUCUUCGGCCUUCUCUCUCGGCCAAUGCAGCUCUGUGCGGCCUCUUCAGCACUCUAGUGGUGCUCGCUCUCGUCCGAGGACUACGAUCCUCCAGCGCCAUCUUUACUUCGCUGCUACUGGUGGGCUUGUCGCUUGAAGUCCUUGGUUAUGUCGGCCGCAUCCUGCUCAGCGUCAACACCUACGACCACAACAACUUCGCUCUUUUCUUUGUCGGCACAAUCAUCGGCCCCAACUUCAUUUGCGGUGCCUUGUUUCUCUGUCUCCCCAAUAUCAUUCAUGUCUAUGGCCCGAAUUUCCGGACAUGGAUCCCCCCUUGGUAUCACGCUAUCGUUCUCGGCUUAGCGACCAUCUCUCUCGUGCUAGAACUAGCUGGUGGAGUUUUGGCAACGGCAGUCGUGGAUAACAGCAAGGUUGCACUUGGAGUACAACUGGUCGCCGUAGGCCUCGCAGUACUCAUUGUUUCUCUGGCCAUCUUUGUCGCCCAUGCGACCUUGCUUGCACUGGCACUUCGGACAAGGCGACACGGACUUGGGUUUGAGCAUGCCCAGCUAUACAACAGCAAGAAGUUCAAAACAUUUCUCUUCGGCUUCAGCAGCGCCACGCUACUCAUCCUACUCCGCUCAACCUUCCGGCUCAUCACCGUGGUCAUGGGUUUCACAAGCCAAGAUCCACAGAACGAGAUUCUGCUGCUGGUUCUUGACGGACUUAUGGUACUUGUCGCCUCAUUAUUGCUACUGCUCCCAUUCCCACCUCGAAUCCUUCAAAAAACAUGGUUCGCCUUCAGAGCCCCUGAACCUGCUGCAACCAUGUCUGGAGGCCAAGACGUGCACUUCCAAUCCCACAGCUAUGCCUCUCAGCACACCUAUAGCCCAUAUUAUGGACGUCUCCCAGGGCCUCCACCACGACCUCCUCCUCCACGGCCACAGCCGCCCCCUUCGCUGAACGUGCAUCCCAGCCCGGUCUAUGAUCAUCAUAAGACUCAAACGCCGAGUCCUGGUGUUGGUAUCAACUACAGCAGGGGGACCUCAGUGGUCUCAGGCGAGCCAUCUCCCACCCCACCGACAGCGUACGCUUUCAGGGAGGAACCGAGAAAGAACAUGGUCACCAGCGAGUCCCUGUGGUGACCGGUCCUGGCGAUCAUGGAUACGUUGUGGGCUAAGCAGUAUAAAGCCAGGCAACACAUUAACCGAAUAUGUGUUACGG